AUGUGCGUGAACGUGUGCGAGUGCGUGAGCGUGUGCAUGUGCGUGAACGUGUGCGAGUGCGUGAGCGUGUGCAUGAGCGUGAGCGUGAGCGUGUACACGUGCGUGAGCGUGUACACGUGCAUGCGGAGAAAAACUUUUACAGGGUCUGAAAGUAAAGAAGCAAAAGUAACACCUAAUCCAGAAAAUUUAGUGCCAUUUGGGGAUGUGGCUGGCUGUCUGGCUAUUCAUGUAAAGAACUGCAGUCAUUUUACACCUAAGAUCGAUGUACAGCACAAGAACAAUUUUUUCAUUCGUAUCUCUAUAAACAACAUUGUGAAAUAUACAAAACUGUGUAGCUUGCUACCCCAAAAUAUACCAUUUGUCAUUAAUGAAAGGAAAACUCUGAUUAAGUUUGAUGAAGUGAAGUAUUUUUCUGUACAGGUUCCCAGACGUCAAAAUGAUGCACGGAAUAAUAUUUACCUGGAUCUAAUGCAAUUUGAUAAUAAAGAAAAGCAUAUUUUGUUAGGGCGUGUUCAGGUACACCUUUAUGAAGUAAUCCAGAAAGGGUGCUUUACUGAAGAAUUUCAAAUGUUGAAUGAAAACACAUUUAUCUGCAGGAUGGAGGUGGACUUUAUGUUCUCCUAUGGAAACUUUGGUUAUGGAUUUUCACAUCAGUUAAAACCUCUUCAGAAAAUUGUUGAGCCACCUAUGUUUAUGAAUAUCCCACCACCUCCGGAAAGAACAGACCCUGUGACAAAUAUUAUUAUACCACAGUCAAUAGAAUAUCCAGCAUUCUUAUCCCCAGACCUGAAAGUUACUGUUGGGAUGCCACCUCCAGAAGACCAACCCAACCAGCCCCCUGCAGUGCGACUUGAAAAACUUCAGCAACAACCUCGGGAAAGGCUGGAAAAAAUGAAAAAAGAAUAUAGAGAUCUGCCUACAUGGAGAGAAAAAGCUGCGUAUUUAGAAGGAAUUCUUAACCCCAAAUUGGGACCUAGUGAACCUAAGGGAAGUGAUACCUAUGAGGUACCUGAGAGCCAAUUUGAAAAGAAGCCUGAAGAUACUGUAACAUCAGAUAUCUCUCAUAUAAAUAAGGAAGUUGAAACUAUUCCAACUGAGGAUGGAGAUAACUCAAAGGCGUUUGGUCCUAAAAGGGAUGAACCAGCAAAACAAAGAGCUGCUCCAUUGUUCACUAUUCCUAACCUGACAAUAACCGAAGGGAACAAAAUGAUACCUUUAGAGGAACACCAAUAUGAACCUGUAACAGACAGAAAAUUGCUUACUAAACCCUUGCAACCAGAAGGAAAAUUAUUGGAUAAACAUCCAAGCAUUUUAAAACGAGAAUCAUCUACAUCAGAGAGUUCAUAUGGUUCAUUUAGUAUGCUGGAUGAAUAUGUAAAGCUCCCUGGUUUUAUACAUGAGUUAAUGCAAGAUAAGAACUGUGGAUGGCUAAAUACAAAUAAAAAAGGAAAAACAGUAAGUAGACAACAUAUCCUAAAAACAAUUGUUAACAUUUUAUAUUGUUUUGAAUUAAAAUUUUAUCAUGCAUCUAUUUUAUUUAAUAUAAAUGUGUUGAAUCUCAACACCAAGGACAGUUUGGAUCCUUUUCUAAGGCUUCCAAACAACAAAAUAUCAGCCACUAAAAGGAGCUACCAAGAUAUGUCCAAAUAUAGAAACACUUUAAGUACAGAGGUUAUAGAACACGAGGACCAAGAUCCUCCUUACCCAACACAUUCAAAACCUCCAAGCCCUACUGAUACAAACCGGCCCAGUGCCCCUGAUCCUGAUAUCAUCACAAUACAGACUUUAAGCAGUAAGAAUAAUUUAGACUGUGAGCCUACCAUCACCACAAUAAAGAGUUUAGAUAUUAAGAAUCACUUGAAGGAAAGACUACCAACAGCAUCUUUGCCAAACUUUGAAGGAGAAUCAUCACUGACUGGAAAUGUAGAUGUAAAUACAGGUCGCCUCUCAAGAUCAUUAAGUUUUACUUCCCUCCUAGACAACUUAAAACAGUCAGUGGUGCUCAAGCCAAAUUUAAGUAAAAAUCUUGAAGACCUUUUAGAUAAAUUACUUUUUAAACCAAAAAUUCCUAACGGCACUGAAGGAAGAGAGAAAAGCCAUAGUUCUCCACUUACAAGUGUUCAUGAUAAACCACCAACAAGUUUGGAAGACAAAAUACUUGAAAAAAUCCAAGAUUUAAAUAACUGGCUUUCAGAAGGAGAUAUUUUGAAUUCAGAGUCUCCUGUAAAUCCAAAAAUUAAAGAUAUUCCUGGAGUUUCAUUGUCAGAAGAUGGGCCAGGAAAUUCUCCAGAGGUAGAAAGGGACCUCCUCUCUGAAAAUCACUUGGAGGACGGUGAUAUAGCUUUUCCAAUAAUAAAAAAAAGUAGUUUCAAAAAGAAACAUUUAGAAAGUGAAGUGCCUAGCCCCGAACCAGAUUUCAAUAGCAUCGCGCAUGAUUACAUUAUCAAGCAGAUAUUCACUGCCCCAUUCUUCUCCAAGUUGGCUAUGGGAGUGGAAGAACUGAGUGAGACACAGAUGAACUGGCAGAAUCAAUUACCCACAUCUUGGGAGAGUUUAUCUCCAAAUAUUCCGGGUCACUAUGAAGAAAAUGAUGAUGGGAGAGAAUUGCCAGAGGCCAAAUCUGUUGCAAGCCAGAUAAUUGAAGCAUUUUCUGUAGAUACUCUUUUAGAAUCUGGGAUCAUCAAAGUGGUAGAAUUAGGUGAAGACCAGAAGGGUUCUUUGCUGCACACAGAGACAGCCUUUGCUGGAGAAAAGCCAAAGGCCUCCACAGAAGGUUAUUCAGAAAUCAAGAGCAAAACAGAUUUUCUUUCAAAGCAGAAUAUACCCAUCAUUCCCAAAGAAACCACUUCUGUUUUGAAUAGAGCCACAUUUAUAGACAAAGGCCAAAAUACAUCACCACAAGACACAUCAUAUCAGUCAACACCAGAUGAAAAAACAGAUUUGCCAAGUAAUGGUCAGAGGCUUGAUAGAGAAGAAAAUGAUCUAAGUUCUACCUUAGAAAAUUUAAGUACCUUGUUAAUGGGUAAACUUAAUGAGCCAGAUGUAACAAUGUUAAAAUCCUUUUUCAAAAAUAUAUUUAAUGUUUUUUUAGAACAUAAUCAGUCUGAAAAGGGAAGACAACCAGAAAAAGAAUUAGAGAGACUAAUCCAACAUCCUUCUCUAAAUAAUGCAGAAGACCUUGAAGAAAUCAAAGAGAAUUUUGAUGAAGCAGACAAAUUAGACAGAAAACCUAAUUUGAAUCCAAAGCUGGGUGUAUUUCCAGAAGCACUCUCAGAGUCAGAAAUUGAAAAAUUUAAAGCUGAGGUAAGCAAAUAUAUCCAGCAUUACCUUGUAGAAAGACUUUCAGAAUCAGGACAUAUCACCAAAGAGGAUUUACCCAAAAUCUAUCAAAAUCUGUAUUUGAUAAAUGAGAAAACAGAACCAAAAGAGCAAAAUAUUUCUCUGGAGAAACAUUCAGAAAUUGUAAAAGAAACGAUGUCUUUUGUAAAUAAUUUUAAUCAUCAUUUUAUAGAUAAAAAUUUGGAAAUAAGGCUGAGAUCCUUUUUAAAUGAAAUUCUGCAAAACUAUUUCCUAAAAAAUCUUUCAGAAAGCAGUUUAUUUAAAGAGACAGAAUCUGAACCUAUGCACUCAAACAUACCUUCUCGAAGAACUAAAAGUUCUUCAAUAUCUUUUCAUGAGUUAGGACAAGACAUUUCAAAGGGGAGUUUUGGCAGAAGGCUUGAUAUAAACAUGAAAUAUCCUGUAAAUAAAUCUCUGCAAAACCAUCUUAUAGGUUUAUCAGAAAAUGAACUAUUAAAUCUAAAAGCUGAUUUAAGGAAAUACCUUCAGGUACUUUUUAUAGAUAAACUUUCAAAAUCAGGACUAAUCACUGAAAGGCAAUUAAAGGGAAUCAGCAAACGUAUAAAUUUGAUUAAGUCUAGUUCCACACCAUUAAAAUGUAUAAAGCCAGAUUUAUCUUUCAGAGAUGAAAAUAAAUUUAUGAAUGAGCAUUCAGAAAAGCAAAAUAAAUAUCCAAAAGUUGUUCAUAAAGCUACUUUACAAAAGGCAUCUGAGGAUAGAAUUGUAGAAACAGAACUGACCAGGAACGAUGAAAAAGAGUAUUUUCCCUUACAGAAUACUAAAGAAAGUCCAGCAAUAAUUAGAGAACAGAAAACACUGACUUUAAUUAAAGUACAACCUUCUUCCAACAAAAAUACCCAAGCAAUUCCAUCAAAAAAGUCAUCAGAAAGACCUACAGACAUAGUGCUUAAGAAACAAAGGAAAGCACAUGGUUUUGUGCAGCUUUCUGAAGCAGAAGAUUUUGAUUUUAAGACAGAGAUUCAAAAUUCACAUAGUCUGAGUGGUAAAUCAGAAAUAACUCAAUCAAACACUUGCUUUGAAAGCACACUAAAAAUGAAGUCCCUUGAAAAAAAGGAGCAGAGCAUCUAUAAAUUGAUGGUACAGGAAACACAUGAAGUAUUGUUGCCACCGAAUGUUAGAAUUCCUUAUUACAAACUGCCAAGUGAAGGUGAAGAAGACAUAGGUAAAUUCACGUUUCCUCCCGGGCAGAGGAACACUUUAACUCAUCUCAGUUCAGAGGCUGGGAACAACCACUGUCAGAGACUGAAAGGAUAUAAUAACAAUAAUAAAAAACAACAUUUAGAAACACUUGCACAUUCUGAAAAAGACAUACAAACUCUUUAUAUAAAACCAAGUGAAAUUUGCAAUGAAAAAUGUGCGAAGGUCCUUGAAUCGUUUAAAUAUAAAGUUGUGGAAGCUGAGAAAAACUCAAAACCAUCCCUCUUCCCAGAAGUAUUGAAGAGAGGAAAUCUAAAGCCCAAGGUCCGGAAAGAAAGAGACUGUGUCAACAAACAAACCAAGUCACCUAAGACGGUGACGGUACUAGCACCCACGCCGCCCACCAGGAAAAGGCCCAGGAAAUCUGUCCCACGGACAUUGCUUCAUUGGACUGCAAGAAGAACGAUACACGAUUGUUCGGAUAGAUUUGAGGAUUUUCCUAUGACCCCAUUUCAGCAUCUUGAAAAAGUGAAAUUAAGAGCAAGGCUUUUAGAAAAGAACCCAGAUGAGAGCCACGAUCGGUUGAAACAUGCAAGACCAUGCACUGCUCCGGGGGUUAACAAGCAUCGAGAAAGCUACACUGGAAAGUUUACAAGUUCUCGAAUGGUUUCAGCAGGCUUAGUUCAUUUAAAUGACACAGUUCCAGAUUAUGAAAUCCAUAAAACACAGCCAAAAAUUUUUAAAAGAAAGUGCUGAAAAUGUUUGCUCACUUGUGAUAUUAUCCAAUUGUUAAACAGCUCAGAAUGAUAUGUGAGGCCGACAGUCAGAAUAUCAUUUCUCCAAUUAACAAAAUGGUUUGGAGAUCUGUCCUUUCCUGUGAUAGAAGUCAGCAACCAAAUUUCAUCUUGUUAGAACCAUUUUGUUUUAAUUAAAAUGUAAAAGAAACACUUUUUGAUGUAAAUGUGUUUGUUUAUGAACUAUAGGGAACACAGAAAUACAUAUUCAGUUCAUAUUCAUUAGCAAAGUUGUAUUCCCAGCUUUUCUUCUUUUUCAUUAUAUGACAGAAUUGCUCCAAUUCAUAGCGCUCAGAUUUUUCAAAUCUGUGUUAUGCUCUGAAUGAUCCCUCACCAGGUUUUAAGUUCUCUAUGUGCUGUUGAUCCCCCUUUAACUCUUCAAUUUUAGUUAUAUUUCUUGAUUCAACAGAAUAUAAUUCUCUAGGCCUAUAAAACUUGUUAAUUUUAAUAUUGGCUAUCACAAUUUUUUACACUAUAAAGAUGAUAAAGAACAGGUUUAAUAUGAAUUCCUGAGGCAGCUCCUACACUGUAGUGACUUUCUUACUUGAAAAACUAUGAAAGGGCCUCUUUAAUAACACAAAGCUCAGGAAGCUGCAUACAUCUAUAGAAACUGCCUAAAAUAUUACCUAGCUAAAUCAGUCCAGGAUCUAAAUCAGAGACUUCUGAGAAUUGGCUCUAUUCUCAUCAAGUACAGUAUUUGGAUCUUGUUGAACUUUGGUUCAUUCUUGAGAAGCAAAACUUCAAUUUAUAGAAUUUUUGUCCGUUUUAAUUUUUCUCCCAUAAGUCAUAAAAACUAUGGGGUUUAAAUAGAUUGGCUAGUGGGGAACUUAAAUCCUGAUCAUUCAUUUAAUGGUAUGAUCAAGGUAAUACAUUUUUUUGGAGGCCAAGAAUUUCUAGUAAUCCUCAAAGUUGUACUUGCAUCAGUCAUAGUGUAACUGGGAAAACAGUUAUAACUUAGAAUCUUCAAGUAGAAGAAACACGGGGAAUUAGUUUCAUGAGUGAUGGAAUCAAGGCUAAGAAGUCAAA